ACGGUAGCCUGUGCGGCCAUUCUUAAGAAAAUAUAAAUAAUUGCCUGAAAAAGAGAAGUUCUCCAAUGAGUACACCAUGCAACUGUUAUAGUUAGAUGCGGAUAUUCUCGGUGCUCUGCCAGUAAAACUGUUACUUUCAUAUAAACCUCAAAGUUGAAGUCAGUUGCAAAUACUGCGUGAGAAAACGGGGGGUGCAGAGGAGGAUAGGUGUGUAGACUUUCUCAAAGGAACCUCAGUCAGGCUAGGUUCUCACUCUGAGCACAGUGAACGCAAUAGGGAGCUGCUCUCGUUGACGUUUCAUCAACGGCUACGUACGGAGAAUGGGAAAGGAAGCCUAUUAUAUGACAUACUUCACAACACCUUGAGCAGACAGCGCAGUCGCCAAUCUCUCCGCAAAGCCUGUGGCAUCGCACAAGAAAAUAACUUCUGGAACCAAAGCUACUAGUUUCAAGCAUGUUACACAUUCGCCAUUCUGCAUCCAUGCAAUUCCGCCUGGCAACAGUUUAGCCAAAUGUGCUGAGCAGUUUUGGAAGAACGUUUUCCCUUCGGCUGGUGUGAACAUUUUCUCAUUUGGAAUGAUGUGGAUCAAUCACGACUCUGUUGGAUUUGUUUUCUUAUCUAGUUUAUGCAUCCAAUUCGGAUUCGCAUUUGAAGGGAGGUUUACUGAUCUUCCUUCAAAUUUAACGGCAAAAGAGGGCCAGAACAUUGAAAUGGCAUGCGCGUUCCAGAGUGGAACCGCGUCCGUAUACUUGGAGAUUCAGUGGUGGUUCAUCAAGGCGCCAGAAGAAGCAAGCAAUAGCGAAGAGGAGGAGGCGGACGAGGAGAUGGAAAUUAUACCAGAGCCAGAUCCAGAUGACGAGGGGACCAAAAUAAGUACUGUGAAGGUCCAGGGCAACGACAUCUCCCACAAGCUGCAGAUCUCCCGGGUGGGCAAGAGCGACGAGGGUCUGUACGAGUGCCGCGUGACCAACGCCAACUACGGAGAGCUGCUGGAGUACAAGGCCCAAGCCUACCUGAAGGUCAACGCCACGGCCCACCCUCGCAGGCCGCCACCCAAGAAGACGUCUCCGCUGCACCUGACGGCCGACAAGAAGCCUCGCAAGCCCAGCGGGGCGUCGGGGGGACAGGACGGAAUGAGCUCUGACCAGAGGCUGGGCUCCACAUCCAGCUCCCAUACCGCAUCCUCCAAGACGGUCAAACACAACACAGGAUCAGGUACGAGAAUAGCAAUCGGUUAUGGACUGGCUGUCCUGCUUCUGGCUCCUGUCUUAGUGUGGGACGCAUUAUUAUAGUUUCAAGAACAAACUCUCCAAUAUCGCUCCCCGUCUUGAAGCUAAACCAGAAAAAUGGUCGGUUAAUUUCACCAAACAGACCGAACCACUGCUCUGCACCCACUGCAUCCUUAUGAUUCAAUGUCCUCAACAGCCAUCUGAACCCAAAGCAUCCAGUGGGAUUAUAAUUGUAGGGACAUCGCCUCCUCCAACGAUCCAAUCAGACGACAGCAAACGGACAGUCUCUUCUCAUUGGAUAUCGUCACAGAUAAGACUUUAUUCUUGGUUUCCUGCAGUUCAUCUUAUACUGUAUGUUAUUGCUCAAAGUGAGAAAAAAAGAUUAAUCUAUAUUUGUGUAAUAUAAAAAUAUAUGAGUAUAUAUAAUUGUUUAAUUCGAACCAACAUGAACUAUAUGUAAAGCUUACACUCACUCCUUGUUGGUUAUGAAACUUCAUUGUGCAAAGGUACUGUGUUUCUCCCAGAUCUGAGAGUUGAUAGUACAUUAAGUAUCACAAUUGCAUUGCUCAUAAAGUGCAAUUCAAAAGAGCAUUUUAUACACCUUCUGCAACCUGCAAGUACAGUUUUGAAACUCGUUAUUGCGGUUCAGUUCUCUCCUUAUUUCCACACACAGUAUUUUAAUUGUAAUGUUUUUUAGUUUGGCAUAUGAAAAUGCCAAAACAGUGUCAAUGUUAUUACUCACCAACAUUUAGAAUGCCAUUAGGUAACCAUGGCAGAAAACCAUUACCGUAAAUUGAACUUCACUUGAAUUGUACAGAGAACUGUUUAGAAAUGACAUGCCUUGGUUACAGCUUCAUUCAGCCAACGUGUUUCAUUUAUGAACUAAUAUUGCUUGUUGGUGUUAAUUUCAUACGAAAAGUCUUACAUUUGGAAAAAUAGCAAUUUAAUGGCACAGCAAAGCCCCAGUUAUACCCAGUUAUUCAUUUCCUUAUCUUCUUGAGAAGGAUACAGUCUUGAAAUUACACUUGUUUUUAUCAGUAUGGAGCAUCUUUUGACUCAACGCUUUGACAAUCUGACCUUUUGUUUCAAAACAAACACUGGCCCAAAAAAUGGAUCCUACUGUUAAACAUUGCAUUUAGAGUAGCAGCUUUUUAAUGAUCCAUUAAACUUUUCCGAAGGCAUUCCUCUAUAAGUAAUUCAUAUUGCCCAUAAAUAAUUGAAGUAUUAUGAUCCAGUGUUAGUGCCCCAGAAUUGUGGGGAACCACACCACAGUACCCCAGAAUUGCUCUUGAACCACAACAGUCCUGCGGCCCUGAGACAGAACAUGUUUGGGCUUACAAUGCCUGUAGACCAUCUUUCAGUCUCGACUUAGCUGCAUACGAUCAAAAGAUCAGGCCACCUAUUACGGUAGCUUCCAAUGCAGUUAUUUGGCACACAUAGACUUAACAAUUGAUAGAUGGUUGGAUAAGUAAAACAUGAUCAGAUGCAACCUCGUCACUCUUGCCACAUAUGAUACAGACAUUGACACAGUAUUUCCUAUCCUGUCAUACGAGUGGAAUGAGACACUGCCCAUAUCCAAAACUGCCAUUGUAAAAAUGUAUCAUGUAUCAUGCAACCAAAGACAAUGGCUACACAGAACAGUGUUGAAAGUUGAAGACAUUGCUUUACUUAUUUCCUAAAUUGCUGUCAUUUGACAAUUUGUUCCCAAUAUUUUUAUGCUCGUAUUAAAUGGCAGACAUGUAUAGGUACUGUAGAUUCACAAUUCAUCUUGUAUCUGAGAUAUGUUUCACAAUGUACUGUGACAGCAUACACAAAUAUACAAAGCUCAACAAUUUGGAACUGCUUGUUACACACAUACUUCUCAAAGACACAAAAAAAGGCACAAAAAUGAUGUCCAAAGUUUUGCGUACAAAGCAAAACAACUGUGCACUGUGCUGCAAAACUAGGAUUUGUGAAGAGAACUUAACCUGUUGAUUCAGCAAUUGGGUCCACAGCUGACAAAGCAUGUAUGGCCAGGAAAUAACUCUGGACAUAUCCUGAUCAGCAAGUCCUGUCGGGGGAACAUGAUGUGUGGCAAUAUGGUACGUCUAAACCCCACUGUUCAAGUAGUACUGGACAGCUAAUAUAGAAUCACAGUAGUGUACAGCUACACAGUAUGACCUAAAGGCAAUCCUUUUAGAGAAGGAAAAAACUGAAUGUUGAAUUCUGAGGAUAAAAAAAUGAUGAUUAUAAAAUACUGUUGAGAGCUACAGGAAGUACUUUGUAAAUGGUAAUUGGUUUGUGUGCACAUUAAAAUGAAUGCCUUGAGUUAGCCCAUCCCUGUAUAAAAGGAACAAUCUGUAAAACUUGUAAAUGAAAUAAUCAGCAUGUAAUCUUUUUUAUUCCAAAUGUUUAAGACAGAGACCGUGAUGUUCUGUAUUUGUAAAAAUGUUGUCAUGUAUUCAUGUCCAAGUGCUAACAACGCAAAUGAGGUCAACAUUUUCUUUAAAACCAACUGGAAUUUAGACACAAAAGUCACUGAUGGAGUACCUCAUCCACAAAUAGGAACUCAAUUGUUGCUGAGCAAUCAAACACCAAUUAAAAGGGUCAGUCAGCAGAUUAGGGGUUUGAGUGACUGAUCAUUGAUAACAAGGCAGUCUCAGCUGUUGGGGAAUUUAAACAAUACACUUUAAACAUUUUAACAGCACUCCAACAUGUUGAAAUAUUGUUUUUGAAAUUAUAUCACAGAUGUUUCUGUUCUGAUUUGUAUGCAUCAAAUCCAUUAUUCAAGCUCCAGAUAGAUGUGUUUUGUUUAUUUAAUUUAAUUACAAUGCAGUACUGUUUGUUGAAGCUGUUGAAUUUUGAUGAAUUGUAUUUUUAUUUCAUUUGGCGCCAUGUGAGGCUUCUGUACUGAGACAUUGCAGCAGUUUGUAUUAUAGUGAUGCUAUCAGAAUAAUAUUUAAAUAAAUCAUUUUCACAGACAGGAUUCAAAA